AGAAUAUUUCUAUUUUUGGAAAUUUUAAGGGGGUGUUUGAGUUCUUGGUUUAAUUCAUUGAAUUUUGUGUGUUUAUGUGUCUGAUUGUGUUAUUUUUUGGUUCUAGGUGUAUAAAGUUGUAAUCUUUUUUUUUUUUUGGGUAAUUUUAGUUUUCAUGGGAGGUAUUAAUGGUGAAAUCAAUUAAAGUAAAUUCAGAUAACUUAAUGUGCUUAUGGGGUUUGAUUAAGUUCAGUACAAUAUUUCUAUUUUUGGAAUUUUAAGUGGGUGUUUGAGUUCUUGGUUUAAUUCAUUGAAUUUUGGGUGUUUGUGUGGCUGAUUGUGUUAUUUUUUUGUUCUAGGUGUAAAAAGUUGUAAUCUUUUAGGUGUAAAAAGUUGCAAUCUUUUUUGGGUUUUGGCUAAUUUCAGUUUUCAUGGGAGUAAUAAUGGUGAAAUUAAUUAUCUGUUUAGUAUUUCUUUGUGAGUUUGCUUAUGUGUUUUGAUUGGUCUGCAUUUUUAAUAUGGGGCAUAGUUGACCACCAAUUAAAUUAAAUUUAGAGAACUUAAUAUGCUAAUGGGGUUUUUAACCAAAAAAAUGCUUAUUAGGCUUUUUUAACCAAAAUAAUGCUUAUGGGGUUUGAUUAAACUCAGUAAAUAUAUCUAGUUUUGUAAAUUUUUAGUGGGUGUUUGAGUUCUUGAUUUAAUUCAUUGAAUUGUGUUAUUUCUUUGUUUUAGGUGUAUAAAGUUGUAAUCUUUUUGUUGGGUUUUGGCUAAUUUCAGUUUUCAUGGGAGGUAAUAAUGUUGAAAUCGAAAUGUUUUCUUUGGUGUUUCUUUGCUAGUUUCAGCAUUUUCGAUAUGUUGUAUGGUUGAUCAGCACUUAAAAGUAAAUUCAGAGAACUUAAUAUGCUUAUGGGGUUUGAUUAAGUUCAGUAGAAUAUUUAUGUUUCUGGAAAUUUUGAAUGGGUGUUCGAGUUCUUGCUUUAAUUCGUUGAAUUUCACAUGUUUGUGUGGCUGAUUGUGUUAUUCUUUAGUUAUAGGUGUAAAAAAGUUGUAAUUUUUUUUGAGUUUCGGCUAAUUUCAGUUUUCCUUGGGUGGUAAUAAUGGUUAAAUCUUUUUAUUUUUAAUCAAAAGUAAUAAUGGUGAAAUCAAUUGUUUGUUUAAUGUUUCUUUGUGAGUUUGCUUAUGUGGUUUGAUUAGUUUCAGCAUUUUUUUGACAUGGCGUUGGGUGACCAGCAAGUAAAGUAAAUUCCAAGAAUCUAAUAUGCUUAUGCGGUUUGAUUAAAUUCAGUAGAUUUUUGGUUAGGUUGGGGUUGACUAGUAAGGAAAGUAAAUUCCAAGAGUUGAUCUUUUUCUUCUUUUCAUCUGAAGUUGUUGGUUCUAUUGUUCUUAUUCAAAAAAUAGAAAUUGUCGGCUCUAUUGUCGUUUUCCCAAAGCUUUGAACUUUAAGUAUAAGUUAGUAGCUGAGCUUUAUAACGAAAGCAAUGAUGUUUUUUAGUGUUUGUUUCUUAGCGUGGCAAUGGAAUUUGAUAAAUUUUAGUUGAUUUUCGUUUUGGGUAGGUUUGACCAGUAGGGACUGUAAUUUUCAUGAGCUGAUCUUUUCCUUUUUGUCUGAAGUUGUUUCAGUUCUAUUGCGGUUUACCUAAGCAUUGACCUUGUAGUUAAUAUUCAGUACUACAAAUUACAAAAUAACUACUUCUCAAUUCCAACCUAGUUUGGUUCAACUUUAUAAAAUCCUCUAUUUGAGCCAAUUUCAUUCAUGUAGUCAAUAACUUGUCUAGCUAGAGAUUAGGCAUUUUCUAAAUUUAGUAGCCGAGCUUGUUCACUUCCUGCUACAAAAAUGAAUAUGUAUUGAGCUUGUUUCAUGCUUUGGGUUCUAAGUCGUAUUUGCAAGAACUGACUAGAUGGAGAAGCCUUUAAAGAAACCUAUGUCAGAUGGCUCUGAAGCUGCUUCAACAAAGAUGAAGAAUGCUUGGGCCAUUCCCCUUGGAUCUGCAGCAUAUCAUGCAUCAACUGAUACAAGCAUGUUUUCUAGCUCAUUGCCUGUGCUACUACAUGCGAAAUUAAACUUCAAUGAGUCCGAGCAGCAUGGUCAAUCCAUUGACGAUAGCUCACCUAGCUUAAGCAAGCUUCAAUUGGAAGAUAACAUUAAAGAUCCGUUAGAAGAGGUUGAGUCGAGUCCAGCUGGGUUCUUGCUUCCAGGGGAUGAAGAUGAGUUACUAGCAGGCUUAAUGGAUGACUUUGAUCUUAGUGGAUUACCGACUCAGCUGGAGGACUUGGAAGACGAUUUUUUUGGCAGUGGAGGACUGGAAAUGGAACCUGAGGAUCAAAAUAAUUUGCUUAAUGGUUUUGCAAACUUAACCAUGUCUGGACAUUAUAAUAUCCCAAAUGGUGCUGGAACUGCUGUUGUGGGGGAACACCCAUAUGGAGAGCAUCCAUCAAGGACAUUAUUUGUUCGAAAUAUUAACAGCAAUGUAGAGGACGCAGAGUUGAAAUCUCUUUUUGAGCAAUAUGGUGAUAUCAGGACUCUAUAUACUGCAUGCAAGCAUAGGGGCUUUGUAAUGAUAUCUUACUAUGACAUCCGAGCUGCUCGAACUGCAAUGCGUGCUCUACAAAAUAAGCCCUUGAGACGAAGAAAGCUCGACAUUCAUUUUUCCAUUCCUAAGGAAAAUCCAUCAGAGAAAGAUGUUAACCAAGGAACUCUGGUCGUGUUCAACUUGGAUCCAUCGGUAUCCAAUGAGGAUCUUCGGCAAAUCUUUGGAGCAUAUGGGGAAGUCAAGGAGAUCAGGGAAACACCACAUAAACGCCAUCAUAAGUUUAUUGAGUUCUAUGAUGUCAGAGCAGCUGAUGCAGCUCUUAAAGCAUUAAACCGUAGCGACAUAGCUGGAAAGCGGAUAAAGCUUGAACCCAGCCGGCCUGGUGGAGCCCGUCGAAAUUUGAUGCAGCAACUAAGUCAAGAAUUGGAACACGAUGAAAUUCGAUCGUUUAGGCACUCAGUUGGAUCACCGGUGGCCAGCUCUCCUCCAGGCAGCUGGUCAAACUUUGGCAGUCCAGUUGAACCGAACCCAUUGCGAGGUUAUAGUCAAUCACCUGGUCUGCGAAAUCUCAGCCCUGUAAAUGGUAAUCUUAUGCCAGGGCUGGCCUCUAUUCUUCCUGGACACCUCUCAAGUCCGAAGAUUGCACCCAUUGGUAAAGAUCCUGCAAGGGUUGGCCAUUUCAAUCUGGUAACUACUAGUCCAAAGUCUGUGCAAGGUGUGAGUUAUCAGCAUUCUUUUUCAGUCCCUGAGCAGAAACCAGCUUUAAACAUGGGAUCUACGUCAUUUGGUAACUCUACGGCUUCCGGUACUGGAACACUUUCUGGUCCACAGUUUCUUUGGGGUAGUCCGCCUAUUCACUCGGAGCGUACUGACUCUCCUAUCUGGCCAACAACUUCAUCAAUGGCACAUCCAUUUGCAUCAAAUGGACAAGGACAAGGCUAUCUCCAUUCACGUAGGCAAAGCUCUUUCCUUGGAUCACAUCACGUGGGGUCUGCUCCAUCUGUAAAUCCUCUGGAUAGGCAUUUCGGUUUUUUCCCGGAAUCUCCUCAAAAAUCAUAUAUAAAUCCACUUGGGGCAGUGAACAUGGGUGUUGGUCUUACUGGGAACUUUACUGAAAGUGGUUCUCCUAGCUCUAGAAUGAUGCCAUUGACAAGGAAUGGACCUAUGUUUUUCGGAAAUGGCUCUUACGGAGGAGCAGGAACAGUUAAUGUUGAAGGACUAAUUGAACGUGGUCGAAGUCGAAAAAUUGAGAGUGGUGGUAAUCAGAUUGACAACAAGAAACAGUAUCAGCUUGAUUUGGAGAAGAUCAUGAGAGGAGAAGAUACUAGGACCACUUUGAUGAUUAAGAACAUCCCAAACAAGUACACUUCAAAGAUGCUACUUGCAGCAAUCGAUGAGACUCACAAGAGUACAUACGAUUUCCUCUAUUUGCCAAUUGAUUUCAAGAAUAAAUGCAAUGUUGGUUAUGCUUUCAUCAAUAUGGUGUCUCCUGCACAUAUCGUCUCCUUUUAUGAGGCAUUCAAUGGGAAGAAAUGGGAAAAGUUUAACAGUGAAAAAGUGGCGUCGUUGGCUUACGCACGUAUCCAGGGAAAAGUAGCUCUGGUUACUCACUUCCAGAAUUCGAGCUUGAUGAAUGAGGACAAAAGGUGCCGACCAAUUCUUUUCCGGUCAGAGGGCCAAGAGGCAGCUGAUGAGGAAAAGUUGCCAUCCAGCAAUCUGAACAUUUGUAUCCGUCGGCCUGAUGGGUCAUAUUCGGGAGAUUCUCUUGAUAGCCCGACAGGCGAUCUUGAUGUGAAGCCAGACCUAUUCACUGGAAGCAGCUGACCUUCAAUCAUGGCAAUGAGUUCUAACUGUGAAUAGAAAUUCGAGUACAUAAUUUAUCAAUGAAAACCAGGAAACUGCAUAUAGUUACUUAUGUGUGCUAGUAGUGUCUACUUUUUGGAUGAAAGACACUCUAGAGCAUGUAAGACGAAUUGUUACCGAAGGAAAGAGCAUUUUGUUUAUAUGUAGAAUGAAUAAUGACAAUUGAUCUAUUUAACAAAGGGAGUAAAAAUAAGGUUUAAGCAUUCAGCCAACAUGUGAAGUCUCUCUCGGCCGAUAUGCUUUGCCAGUUUGGCUGUUAUGUUUCUUGUCGUGGUGGGGUUCUCUUAACUAAUGCAUGCUUUUUUAUACUUGUGGGGCUGUUUCAUAAGUGUAUAGGAUGGGAGAUUAACAGACCCUGCAUUCUUUCUUGAAUCAUGUAAUGACUAGCUACUGUUGUAUUUAUCACAUUUGUGGCUAAACUAAA